AUGUCCUCUGCUCAUGAUGCCACCACCAAGAUCUCCAUUGACAAGUUCGACGGCGAUAACUACGCGACGUGGAGCCGCUACAUGCGUGGCGUGUUCCUGACCAAGUCGGCGUGGCACGUGGUGAACCGGGAGACCACCCCCACCUUCGCCGACCCUCGCGCCAGUGACGACUACGUCAAGACGAACAACAUUGCGUUCGGCUUGAUGCUGCUGCACAUGAGCGCAGAUUAUCAUCACGUGGUUGAUGACUGUGAAGAGGCGUGGGUCGCAUGGGCGCGUUUGAAGACGCUGUACGGCGGGUCGCAGAAGGCUGGACGCAUCUACUUGAAGCGCCAGCUGUUCAGCAUGGAGAUGGCGGAAGGCGGCAAUGUGAUGCAUCAUUGCAACGAAGUCCUCAACAUCAGCGCGAAGCUCAGCAGCAUCGGCGCCAAGAUGGAGGACGAGGACGUGGCGAUCUGCUUGUUGCGCAGCCUCCCCAAGAGCUACGAGAACGUCGUUCUCAACUUGGAGAUGAGCAGCGCGGAACUACGAUCGCGAGACGUCGUGAGAGUGCUCACGAAGGAGCACAUCAAGAGGCAAGGUGACAAGACGACAUCGGUGAAGACUGAAGACGCGGCGAAGGCGUUCAGUACCGAGCGUGAACCUCGCCAGUGUGCAUACUGCGGAAAAUUGGGGCACACGGCGGAGCGGUGCUGGACCAAGCAGAAGGACGAAAAUCAAGGUGGAGCUCGACGCGGCGGCAACAAGGCUCGUGGACGCGGAGCCAACAACGUUCAGUGGCGAACCAACAACAACAACGACGACAACUACGAUCGAGUUGCGUUCGCGGUUUCGCUGGAGGCUGGACUUUCGACGGGCAAGAAUAUGCCAGGGAUGUGGGCAGUCGACAGCGGUGCGACGCAUCACAUCUGCAACGACAAAGCCAAGUUUGCAAGCCUGAAUGAGCGAGAGGAAGGCGAACUAUCAGUGGCUGAUGGCAGCAAGGCUGCGAUCAAGGGUGUGGGAACCAUCAUGGAACGGGUGGUUCUGCCCAAUGGUGACGAACGCGACAUCGAGAUCAAGGACGCACUGUUCGUACCAAGUAUGAGCAAGAAUCUGCUUUCGGUGCCACAGAUCAACAAGGGUGGCAGGUUCCAAGUCGUGUUCGAUGGGUCCAAGAUGCAAGUGAAGCGCAAGAAUUCCACACAAGUCGUGGCAACAGCGGAUCUCGUCGAUGGACUUUACUGGCUGCGGACUCCUCAACGAUCGGCGAAUGCAGCAACACGCAAUGGGACUAUCGACUUGCAUGCGCGCAUGGGUCAUGCACCCAUUGAAGUUCUGCGCAAGAUGGUGGCCACUGGCAUGAUCAAGGACGCCAAGGCACCUCUCAACUCGACUGGUCCAAGUGUGUGUCGCGGUUGCCAGCAAGGAAAGAUGGUCCAAAAACCAUUCCCAACCAACCGUGACAAACGCCAAUAUGGUGUGUUCGAGUUGCUGCACUUCGACAUCUGCGGGCCAAUGGAACAAGUCUCGAUCGGCGGCAGCAGAUACUUACUGCUUGUGGUUGACGAAGCUAGCGGUUGCAUGAAGGGCUUCUGUCUGCGGUCCAAGUCUGAGAGUGAAGACUGUAUCAAGAACCACAUCAUCAAGAUUCAAACUCAGUUCGGCACGAAGAUCAAGUUUGUUCGGCACGAUGGAGCGCAUGAGUUUGCGACCAACUCCAUCAAGACCUUCUACGAAGAUCAUGGGAUCAAACAACAAGUCACGGUGCCGUAUGCACACCAGACCAACGGCACCGCAGAACGCGCGAUAAGGACCAUCGUCACGAUCGGACGCAGCUUGUUGCAUCAUGCAAAGCUGGAGAAGUGUUUCUGGGCUGAAGCGGCAAUGACGGCGAUCUACAUCAAGAACCGCCUGCCUUCACCCAAGAUCGACCACAAGACUCCGUUCGAGAUCGUGUACAAGUCGAAACCAAGUGUCAAGCACAUGCGCGUGUUUGGAUGUCGGGCGUUUAUCCUGAAACCAAGGGAGAAGCGAUUGAAGUGGGACCCGAAGGCUCGUGAAGGGAUCCCACUUCAAUCGCGUGUGGAUGAGGGAGCAGGGGAGCUGGAGUAUGUUGUAGCGCGAGGAGUGAUGUGGAGAUACGAGUAG